AUGUCGUCCGUGGAUUCCAUCCCCAAACUAAGCCACAGCACGGAAGCCGACGAAGAGACAACCCGGCUUCUAAACCAGGUCCAUGAACAAGCAGCAUGGCGACGUGAGAGACGCCGCCUGAGAUGGGCCGCGUGGCUAUGUUUCACGACCACUGUGCUAUUCGCCGGGCUCUCGGCCUGGCUCACUGCGAGGCGGCCAUAUCUGGACUACUUUGGGUCGUUUGAUACGGGAUACGCGACGGACCUCAAAGCAGCAGCCAAACAUAUCGAGCUACAAGUAACGACUUUCGAGGGUACCCCAGGCUUCAUGGACGACGGGACCGAAUACAUACCUGGGCGAGAGGAUGGAACGCAAAGACUCCAAUACACGGGCACGCCAAGCAGAGAAAUCGACAUCAACUGGUACAAUCUUCAUUUGGGCGAGGGCCACUUUUUCAUCGUCACCGAGGACGAAGCUCGAGAAGCAUGGGGUCCGGAAUAUGUGAAGUACUGGGAACCAAGAGCAGGAGGCUACGUCGCCACGUACGACCAUAUUCGUAAAGCCUUUCAUCCCGAGGCCUAUCACGACCCGAAUCCUGUCCAUGGGGUCUUGCACAGGGACCACUGCAUCGAGUCGCUGCUGCAGCUGCUCGUGUGCACCGCCGACCUGACACCGAUCCCAUCCAUGUACCGUCUCGGGCUGGGAACCAACUACAUCAACACGGACCGCCCGCACACCUGCCGCAACUUCCCCAAGAUUGUAAACUUUGUGAAGAACAGGUUCAACGGGACUUCCCGUGUGGAACCGUACGCCGAGGCUGGCUGGAAGAAGCAACCCUAG